UGGCAACCGGCAGGGAAUGGGAUGAUCAAAUUCAGUGUUGGAUUUUUGCAAUUCUUGACUUGUGAUUGAAUCGGAAGAAAAUGGUCAUCGGCGUCCUAAUCCAACGGCUAAGCAGGCAGCAUCACAGCCGUCCAUUUCCCUUUCCCAAAUUUCCCACUGUCCCAUUCAUUACUCAUGCCACAGUUGCCCAAAUUCCAUCGCGGGAUGAAUGGCGUAAUGAUUCUAGUGUUGUAGACUAGUGAUGAAAAUGAGGAAACACAAAAGUGCGUGUGUUCGUGGCUGUUGCACAAUUAUUCCCCAUUUCAUUCCUUGCUCUCUUUUAUUUUAGGGUUUCGGCUCUCCCCUAGUAACCUCUGCGUUUUCUUACUGAAUUCCGUAUAAAUGUUGUCUUCAUCUCUAUUUCGCGUUGCUCUUGCCUUUAGUUGCUGAAUUUUAGUGCGUUCGCUUUGGUUGAUUUGUGUGAAUUGGGUUUCCAGUUUGUCUGCUGUUUCUUAAAGUGAAUUACUUUGUGUGCUCCAUUUAGCUGAAAAUUGAGGUUGAGUUCGUUUUUAUGUUUGAUAAUUUACCAUCUACUUUUCGUCAUUAAAUAUUCAAAUUAUCAAGUGUUAUUGAUUCAGAUGUGUUGAAAUAGCAUGAUAUUCUACUUGAUCUGAGUGGCUGCCAAACAUCAGAAACUGAAGCCAAUCGAUAUUUAACAAAUAUUACUGUGUUUUAGACUUCAUUAUCUAAGCUGAGCUUCACAUUGUGUAUUUUUUUUUUUUUUUUUUUUUUGAGAGAGAGAGAAUGUGAAGAAAAGUUGCAUUUGCUUUAUAAGUAGUUGCCUUGCUAUGGUUGGAGAUUCUUUCAUUCCACCAGUGUCUUUUCUUUGGAUAGUAAGCUUGAGGUUUGCAUCACAGGUGUACUUUUAUAAAACGAUGAUCUCGGCCUUGUAAAUGUUUUGAUGUAAAAUGUUGCCUAAAUCUGCAUAAUGCAAGCUAUUGCUAACAAAAAUGUGUGGGUUGAAACUUGAAGCUAAAAUCAUCUAUGCUUACACUUCAAAAUCAAGAGUGGUCUGUAUAUUAUUGUAAACUUAUAUUAGUACUAGUUAGUUUACAAAAUUAUAUUCAAAAGCAGAAUGAUCAGUACUUCAUGGAAACAGAAACUUUUUAGUAGAUUGAAUUCAAUCAAGUCUUCGGUUUGAUCUGUGAAGUUCAUUGUUUCAACAGUUUAGCAGUAUGGAAGAUGGUUCUGGGAGUAAAUGAUUAUUGUGUUGGUUACAAAUAUGAUAUGAUUGACUUGUAUAUCAGCUGUGUAAAGUCACCAAGUGAUGCUUUUCGAAAUUCUAUGCUCCAGGAGCUGAAUUAUUACAAGUGAUUACAUGCUUUGUGUCUCUGAAUCAUGUCCCUAUCUGGUAUUUGGUUAAGUUAUUCCGUGUAACACUGGCGACUCUUACUGUAAAUAUAUGCUUCUUGUUCAUAUGUGGCAUUGCACCGGCAACUCUUACAUAUCAAUUUCAAAGUAUUUCCCCUUGGAGCAAUUACGCUAGUUUGAUUUGUGUGACAAUCUUCUUUCCUUCAGGUUGCAUGGUUUAGCGGGCUUUAGUUGGCGUUCGUACUAGCAGAUUCUUUUGCUGUGGAUCUUAGAUGGACAAUAGUGGGCACCACGAAAAUGGAAGGCAUAAAGCACCUCAGCAGGGCCAGUGGUUGAUGCAUCAUCAGCCAUCAAUGAAGCAGAUAAUGGCCAUUAUGACUGAAAGAGAUGCUGCAAUCCAGGAAAAAAAUCUUGCGAUUUCUGAAAAAAAGGCGGCCUUAGCAGAGAGGGACAUGGCUAUUAUGCAGAGGGAUGCAGCGAUAGCUGAACGAAAUAAUGCCAUAAUGGAACGAGACAGCGCUAUUGCUACUCUUCAGUAUCGAGAAAAUGCCAUCAACAACAACGGCAAUAUAUCCCCUUGUCCGCCCGGAUGCCAAAUUCCCCGCGGAGUGAAACAUAUGCAUCAUCCUCAGCAUCAGCACGUACAUCACCAACCUCACAUGGUUGAAGCCCCGUACACGAGCAGGGAAAUCCAGAUACCCGAUGCGGUUCCAGUUUCUCCAGAGCCUGCAAAGCCCAGUCGUACAAAACGUGUUAAGGAGGCGAAACAAGCUGCACCUGCAAGGAAGGCUCCAAAGCCAACGAAAAAAAUUAAACAGGAAGAGGAUGAUUUCACUAAAUCUGAGUGGAAGGAUCAAGAUCUUGGUUUGAACCAGGUUGCCUUUGAUGAGUCGACCAUGCCCGUGCCAGUCUGUUCAUGCACUGGGGUCCUAAGGCCGUGCUACAAAUGGGGCAACGGUGGGUGGCAGUCACCCUGCUGCACAACCAAUUUGUCGAUGUAUCCACUCCCAGCUGUGCCUAACAAGCGACACGCCCGAGUUGGUGGCAGGAAGAUGAGUGGAAGUGCGUUCAACAAGCUACUUGGUCGACUUGCUGCUGAGGGGAUUGAUCUUUCCAACCCGGUUGAUCUCAAAGAACACUGGGCAAAGCACGGGACAAACCGCUACAUCACCAUCAAGUAAGUAUUCUUAAGAAGGAUUAAAAGGGAUUUCUCAAAAUGCUGCGCAUCAUCACCAUCAAUGCUGGAGAGGAGUAUUAAAUAACUGGCUUAGGUAAAUAGGAAGGUGUGCUACAGUUGGUGAAAGAUUGAUGAUGCUUAUCGUGCUCGCCCAGUUCUCGUUGUGUAAUAAUUUGUAUGAGAAUGUUGAUGAGAGAUGGUAGAAGGGAUGUAAUUGUAAAGCAAGGAUUUAUGAAAAUGAUGCCUUAUUGUAUCAAAUCUAAGAGCAUUUCAUGAUGA